AAAACAGUAUAGAAUCAUUCAUCACCACCUUGAAUCAAAAACAGAAGUACAGUUUUGUGGGGUAUAAAUUACAGGCGGAGGAUUCAAGCUGCAGCUUGUCAGGAAUUUCAGCUGAAGAUGGAGAAGCUACUAAGCAAACAACUUAUUCCACAGAACCUUGGCACAUUUGGGGCCAUUGUUGUGAUGUUUACCUACAGUAUUUUGCUGGACCGGGACAUUGACUGCACCUGUAAACAGCAAGACAAUCUGUGUUAUGUAUACCUGUUUGUCCCAGGUUGUCUAAUCUGGGUCUUAAUGCUCUGGACACGAAAGACUUUUCUGCAGAUCUGCAGAAAGUGCUACUGCUGCAAGUUUUUUUGUUUUUUGUGUAAAGACAUUUUUAAGUCACUGCUCAUUGGUCUGCUGUGGGUCGCUUUUGUAUUGAUUGAUGGAGACUGGUAUGUCUGCUGUUGGAAUGAUCACUCCACACAACAGGCACAGCUGUCCUGCAAAACACCGGCAGACCUGACGUAUGAAGACAGAGUCAUCAUUGCUGAACUGAAAAAUAAAUCCAGGAUCCUUGGAAUUAGUUUGUUGGCUGCCAUAGUUGGUCUAGCAGCUAUAAUGUCUUGGUUUGAAUGGCGUAGAUUAUGUCAAAGGGAAGCACCAAAACGUAAAAGAGAAGGAUGCUGUCUACCAUCAAAAUGCUGUAACACAGAAGGAUCAAAAUGCUGCAAGACAGAAGGAUCAAAAUGCAGUGAAACCGAAGGAUCUAAAUGCUGUAACACAGAAGGGUCAAAAUGCUGUAACACAGAAGGAUCUAAAUGCUCUAAUGCAGAAGGAUCUCAACGCUUUGAGAAAUUAAUUUGCUGUUACAGAGAAGGAUCAAAUUGUUGUAAAAAAGAAGAAUCAAUCUCCUCAAGAAACAAAAAUAUAUAUUACAAAAUGAUAUUGAAAGAGGAGGAAAAGGUACUAAAAGAGAUACUGAGAGAGUCAUCAAAGAGUCAGUUGACUGAAGGAAUCAAGGGAAAAAUCUGUGGUGAACAAUGGACUGAAUGUUUUGAUGUUGCUAAAAGUCUGAUAAAGGAACAAAAAAAACCAAAACUGGAUGGAGAAGGAAGAUGUGAAGGAAAAAGAGGAGAGGGGGGAGAAGGAGGAGAUGGAGAGAGGGCUGAAGGAGGAGAUGGAGGGAUGGUUGGAGGAGGAGGAGACUGCGAUAGAAUCGGGGUUGGAGAAAGAGAAGGAGAUAGAGGGAGUGUUGGAGAAGGAGGAGGAGGAGGAGAUGGAGAGCAGAUUGGAGGAGAAGCAGGGAGGGAGGGGUGAAAGGGGAGAAGGGCUGGAGUUUGACAGUAAAUAUGAUCAAUGUUUUUGGAUGAUUCAACUGUGACUGAGCAUCAAGAUUUAAUAUCUUAUAUUACAGAACACACUGUAACAAUCAGUCUAUGAAUGUGUUUGUUACUUCUUUUAUUCAAUUGCUUCUCAUUCCUAUCAUGGAAAACCACAUUUCAUUAAAAAAGGAAUCAAUUUUAAAAACCUCAUGGCUCCACAUGCUCCCAACCACGCUUGGUUCCCAAAGUCCCUCUGUACUUGUGGGCUCUGCCCUGAAUGUGUAAGAUGUAACAUUUAUUUAACACAGGUUCCACAGUGUCUGUGAUGAGGACUCGUGCCUGGUUCUCCUCCCACUCACUGAAACUUCUUUUUGUAUAAUUCAUAUGUUAUCUGUAGUCUGUUCCUUCCUGUCUGAACUGUAACUAAAACAAUGGUAAAACAAACUCCCUCCCAAUGGUUAAAAGGAAAAAAAGGCUAAAAAAAGGUUAUAAAGUGAGAAAUGAGAAAAUACAUAAAAACACUAAAGCUAUAACUUACGAUUAUUUUGAUAAGCGAGUAUUUGUCAAUAAAUCCACAACAUUCAGGCUGUGAGGCAACAGUGACGUCCACCAAAAACUCUUUUAAUUUAGUGUCUGCCCAGUUAAAGUUCACUACUAUGUAGCAAGCAAGCUGAUGGCACAACCAGCUAAUAUUGGCAAGUCAGCCAAACGGAUUAAGUGACAAACUAACUUCUUACACAGCAGUCAAUGCAGAGACUUUGAAACUGGAGUGAGGUGUUCUCUCUUUCUGGUCUUUGCCAAUACUCUGGCUGCUGAGUUUUGUAGCAGAUGUAAAUGACCUGCAAAAUGUUCUUCUUGGGAAAACCACAAAAAAGAGCAUUGCAGUGGUCAACUCUGCUGGUAAUUAAUGCAGGAGAAAAAUGGGCAAACUCUUGCAAUGUUUUUAAGGGGGGUAGUUUUUUUACACAUUUGCUGUGAUUUACUAAAAAUGUUUGAAGUUGUGACAUUAAUUUCUCUUUCUGUGUCUUAGGACCAAUGAUUAAGACUUUGGUUUUGUCCUGGUUUAGCUGAAGAAGUUCUCUGACAUCCAUGCUGUGAUAUCUAUGAUUUUAACAGUGUGUCGAUGGGUCCUGGGUCAUCAUGAGACACGCCAGUGUAAAGUUGAGUAGCACUGCUAUGAAAGCUAAUGCUGCAUCUCCAUGAUGUCAUCAUCAAGCAGGAGCAUGUAAAGAUUAAAAAGCGUCGGACCCAACAUUAAACCUUGAGGCACUCCACAUUCUACCUUAUAGUUUUAUGAUGAGCAUUCAUCCAUUCUUAUAGAGAAAGUUGUGUCUAACAGGUUUGAUUUGAACCAAUUGAAAACAGUUUCAGCGAGGCCAACACGCUUGACUGUCUGCCUAAAAGAAUUCUGUAAUCUACUGUGUCAAAGGCAGCAGUAAGAUCCAAUAAAACUAGAACAGAUUUUCUUCAAGAUCAUUUAAAACCCUCAACAGACCUGUCUUUGUACUGUGACCAGCCCGAAAUCCAGACUGGUAUGGUUUAAAGAUAUUAUUUAAAAUCAUAAUAUUAUAUAGUUGGUUGAAAACAAUCUUUUUUGAAAUUUAAUGUAAAAAUGUCAGGUUGGACACUGGUCCUUAGUUACUGGGGAGUGAGGCAUCUAAAUUAUUUCUCUUCAGGAGGGGCUCAACCACCGCAGUUUUAAGUGCAGCAGGAAUGAACACUUGUCUGAAGAGAAUAUUUUACAAUAUUAACAACAUUGUCAACUAAAAAGCAUCUCAGCAUCAACCAGGACAAAUCUCUCUAGUGUUUUCUUACAUGAAAAAGUAAAAUCAGUUUACUUCUCCUUUAUUUUUCUGUUAUUUGCUUUCUUUUUCGCUUUUUAGUUUCUUCACUUUAGUUUUGUGUUAUUAUAUUUGCAGUAGCUCUACUUUGUUUUAUUGGGGCUACAGUGUCAAGAAUAGUUUUAAUUCUAGUGUUGAAUAUAUCAUAAUAUCACAGGAAGAAGGUAAAAUACCAAGUGGAAAGUCACCAAGAAAUACAACAAAAUUUGCAGCCACUUCAGCAGUAAUAUAAGGUUUCCUCAGCACCGUGGUCACAGUGGGACGAGCCUCCUGCUGCUACUGUAUGUGGCGGAGACCCUCCUGGGUUGCGGAGAACGUUGAGGGCAGAACACAUCCCGCAGAUGGAGCAGGUCCGGAAGCAGCUGAUCGGGAAGUAGGAAGCUGCUGUCUCAGCGCACGUGAUGGAGUUCGUCUGGUCUCCUGGUCUGUGAGGACCGAGGAAGCGGUGGAAAUUCCUGCUCGUGUUGGGCUUAGCUCCAGCACGGAUCUGUAGAGCCCAUUACGAUCAUGAAAUGGAGGAUCCGCGCUGCUCAGUGUUUAGAAGGAAAAACACCAAGUCAAGCGAUAAUGGGAACUUUAGCAGCCACUUAUAAACCGACAAACGCAACGCGGCUCAACGUCUCCAUCGUGUGGUAAAAAAUAGUAAAACUGAACAUUCGUUCAAUGAGUUUUAAUAGUUUUAUUGAGAAAGUAUUUUUCAAGUGCUGAAUUAAAAUUUGUUUGACUCAAA